GUCAGUGAGCGCGCUGCCACCGUGUCGGUUGUGCGCUGUGUCCCCGGGCAGAGCCAGUGUUUACUGUCCGCGGCCGCUCGGCCUCAGCUGAUCUCUGCAUCCCGUGUUUUUAUAUGUUUAUAUUUGCAUAUUUACACGUGUGCUUGUCGAGGCCGCAUAUGAACAGCCAGGCUGGAUCGAACCAGGAAGAAGAUUGAGGAGUCCAAGGAGAAAUUCCGCCGGGAGAUCCGCGAGUCCAAGGCCAAGAUGUUCACCAAAUUCACCAACAUCCUGCAGCAGGCGGUGGAGGCGCUGGCUCCUUCCCUCCCCCUGCAAGAGGACUUUGUGUAUCAUUGGAAAGCCAUCACUCAUUAUUACAUUGAAACAACAGAUGACAAAGCUCCUGUAACAGAUACAAACAUCCCAUCGCAUUUGGAUCAGAUGCUGGAUAUUUUGACUCAGGAGGAACACGAAAGAGAAUCUGGGGAGACGGGGCCUUGUAUGGAGUACUUACUUCAUCACAAGAUUCUGGAAACAUUAUACACCUUGGGAAAAGCAGAUUGCCCACCUGGAAUGAAACAGCAGGUUCUAAUUUUCUAUACAAAAUUACUAGGAAGAAUCAAGCAACCACUGCUACCACAUGUAAAUGUUCACAAACCCGUCCAGAAAUUAAUUAGACUUUGUGGUGAAGUUCUUGCUGCCCCCACAGAAAAUGAGGAAAUACAAUUUCUUUGUAUUGUUUGUGCAAAAUUAAAGCAAGACCCUUAUUUGGUCAACUUCUUUCUAGAGAACAAAUCUCAAAGAAACGCAGGGAUUACCAACCGACGGCAAACAGUGGUAGAUGCUCCAAACAAAACAGUCGUGAAUGCAACCUCCUCAUCAGAGACAGAACAGGCCAAAUCUCCUGAAGAUGAGGCCAGCACAGGACUUUGCAGUGCUACCUGUGGAGCUGCAACCAGCCCUUUGGACAGCAGUAGUGGAUCAUCCCAGCAGAGUACUGAUCUGUCUUCCUCGUUUAAUGAGAUGGUCCUCUCUCCACAGAAAAUUGCUGCAACUGAUCACUGUCAAAACCAUGAUUACAACUUGGUGAACUCAUUGUUAAAUCUGAGUAACAGUCCGGAUGGUCGAAUUGUUGUUAAAGCCUCUGAGGGUUUAAUGCUGCUGGUUAGUUUGCCAGAGCCAGCAGCUGCGAAGUGCCUGACUGAGAAUACUUCUCUCUGCCAACUGCUAACAGAAAGAUUGGGCACGCUAUAUAGAGCAUUGCCACAGUCGAUAGACCCCAUGGACAUUGAAUCUUUGGAGUCUGUCAACUGGGGUUUAGAUUCUUAUAGCCAUAAAGAAGAUACCACAGCUUUCCCAGGAAAGCGUGCCCUCAUCUCUUUCCUGUCUUGGUUUGAUUACUGUGACCAGCUGAUUAAGGAAGCCCACAAGCUCACUGCAGCAGCCUUGGCUAGGGCUAUUCGAGAGAGAUUUUUUGUCCCAGUUAUGGAACCUCAAUUGCUUCAGACAUCAGAGAUUGGCAUUCUGACCUCAAUAUCACUACUUAAUCGCAUCAUCCGUCAGAUCACGUCAAAUGCAAUGCUACAAGAGUUCGUUUUCUUCUUGUUAGGUGAAUGGAGACAGCCUGAAACACCUGGACACAAUAAACAUCAGCUGCGGUACCGGCUUAUAGAACAUUGUGACCAUCUGUCAGAUGAGAUCAGUAUAAUGACACUGCGAAUGUUUGAACAUCUAUUGCAAAAGCCAAAUGAGCAUGUUAUUUACAAUAUGGUAUUAAGGAAUUUGGUGGAACGGAACUAUGUCGAGAAUAAGCCACCUUGCCAAGAAGACAAGGAUAUUGUUGAGAAUGGGCAAAUAGCAGGAGCAGUUGACUUGGAGGAAGAUCCACUUUUUACAGAUAUGUCACCUGAUAACAGGAUGCUGGGCUCAAAUUGGCUGACUGCUUCCCCACCUCCGACUCCAGACCACUCAAAAUCUGAUGGGAAAACAGAAGUACAUAAAAUUGUUAAUAGUUUCCUAUGUCUCGUUCCUGAUGAAGCAAAAUCAUCUUAUUAUGUUGAAGGCACUGGAUAUGAUACGUACCUCAGAGAUGCACAUCGGCAAUUCCGGGAUUGUUGUGGUAACUGUAUGAGGUGGGACUGGCCAGGAACACCCAAACCUUUGGAGAAAUGCAACCUGGAGUCUCCUUUCUUUGAGGGGCAUUUUCUAAAAGUUCUGUUUGAUCGAAUGGGCAGAAUCCUUGAUCAGCCAUAUGAUGUGAAUUUGCAGGUGACCUCGGUGCUGUCAAAGUUAUCUUUAUUUCCUCAUCCACACAUACAUGAAUACCUAUUGGAUCCUUACAUUAACCUGGCUCCCAACUGCAGGUCUUUGUUUUCUGUUAUUGUAAGGGUGGUUGGAGACCUAAUGUUGAGAAUACAGCGAAUCCCAGACUUUACACCAAAGCUUAUGCUCGUCCGAAAGCGUUUACUCGGUUUUGAGCAAGAUGGACCCAUCAUCGACCAUAUGACCUUGCUGGAAGGUGUGAUUGUAUUAGAAGAAUUCUGUAAGGAAUUAGCUGCAAUAGCAUUUGUUAAAUUCCACGCUUCGACUGCACCUUAAUUGCUGACUGGUUUCCACACAGAAGCAUCCCAUUACCACUUCAGUCUUGCCCGUCAGCUUCUAUGAAAAAUAUUUCGAAUAACAGGGACUGCUGCGACGGCUAACUGUGGUGUGCUGCCCAUUACUGUUCUGGAAAUGGAUAGAAAAAGGGAAAUAUGUGCAAAAACAAUUGAACAACUGACAGUUAUCUGAAAGGCUGAGAGGUUGUGCCUUGGAAGGAGACCAGAACUCCUCCUUGUUACAGUCACUCAGUUUGGCAGGUGACUUGACUUCAGUGUUGGAAAGAUGUUAAUGUUCAAACACAACAAUCGUCUCAAAGUUGUGCGCACUAAAUUUUACAGUGGGGCUGGUUGUUUUUCUACUGUCCCUUUUAAAAUCAUGAUGCUUUCUCCUAUUAAAAAUUGUUCUCACCACUUGAGAAUAGAUUGGGCAAAGGUCAAUAAUAGAAAUGUUUAUCAGUAUUUUAUCAAAUUAUUAUUUAAGUAAAGAAAGUUGGAGUACUGAUUUGAAAUUAUUGUAUAUUGUGCCUUUGAAAAGGGCACAAUUAGGUGUAAAGUCUUGUUUAUCUUUUGUCACUGUUCCUUUUUGCCAUCAACACUUUCAGAUAGUCUGGAAACCACAGCCAUGUGGGCUAUGGCUUUGGUGUCCAUUCCAAGCCUUUGUGCUGAUCCCAGGGAAUGGCCUUCAUUUGUGAAUGACCGUCCAAGCUUAAGUAUUGUUCACUAUGGGUUCACGACUAAUGCUCCAUUUUGAAAUGUUCACAUUUAACAGAGUACUUGGCAAAGCUUAAAUGCAAUGCCAUUUUCAAUGUGACAAUGCCACCAUAAGCCAGUAUUAAUAAAUCAUUUAAAAAAGUCAUCAUUAAAAACACUUUUAUUUAACCCAGAAAAUACAGAACGAUAAUAAGUGGAUGUUUGUAAAGUAGUAUAUGCUGCUUAAUUUGAAAUUUAAAUGUGUAAUAUGAUUCACAUUGGAUACCCAAAAUGACAUGGUGUCAUUGUGCAAUAAUAUAAUUAAUCCUUUAACACUGCUUCAUAACAAUUUUUUGUUAUAAAUUACACAAUGUCAAAUGAUUAUGUUCAGUAUUUAGUUUUGAUCAAAUAUUACUCAUGAUAUAUCCUUUCUAUUUUAAUUUCAAUACCAAAUGUUAGCAUUGCACAGAUCUAAGCUCUCUUCCGUGAUGGUAGCAUUGAAUUUCCUUAAGGGAGUACCAGUUUAUAGUGGACAAUAGAUGUGAUUUUGUUUCUGUAAAUUAUUAUUUCAAAUGUAUUUGGUGUAUGGAUACCAAAUAGUUUGAGACUUCAUCACAUUCUAUGCCGGUCUUCCUUUUUCUGUUCACGAGGGCUACACUUUUGCGUGCAAUAUUAAAGCUGUAUUGCCUUGUAUGCAGCUUAAAUGCAACACUUUUGUCGUAUAUAAGAAGACCUUAUAUAUUGAUCUGUGCUUGCUUGUCACCGUCGUAUAUGGUAAAUGGGUUCAUAUUCUGCCUAAUUUACAUUAAAAGCACAUUCAUAAUCUUCCUAUGGAAAGAAUUACUUUUCAGUACCUUAUUGUAACAUGCUACAUAUUUGGGACUGAUUCCAGAUGAAUCAGACAUCAGAUUUUUUAUGUAGGUCUGAAGUGCAAGUUUAUUGUUGGCACAAUGUUUUAUGUUUACAUUACAGUUUUGGUUAGCUGUGACAGUAGCUCUGAUUAAGUCUCAACAUUUCCAUACUUAACUGUUUGGCUUUGCACAUUAACUCCCCAGGUAUCAAAACAAAUCAAUACUAAUGCGAGUUUUUUCUGGUUUUAUAUUUUGUUUGCGCCUUUAAAAGUUUGUCUUGUUCUGCAACUUUCACUGCAUGUGCAGAUGGCAUCUUCUUUGGAAUGUACAAUUUUCUUUGGUCUUGUUCCUCAUUAAAUUUAAUCUGCAUUACCUGCAGAUUCUGCACU